UUGCGAAGAGCGCGGCGUCGUCUGCGUAUGCUCGGUGUGUAUUACAAUUUGCAUCAUCAUCAUCAGCGUGGCUGAUCUGACUCGGCCUGAUCUGAGUUCGAUUGGAAUUCAAGAAUUUUCGCCGCGUCACUGCUACAUUAUAAAUUUCAGAACGGUAUCGAGAUUUAUUCAUGAACAGCAUAGGCGAAGCGUGCAACGAGGCGAAACAACAGUAUGACUCUUGCUUCCACACGUGGUUCUCUGAGAGAUUCUUGAAAGGUGAUACGAGCGACAACGCAUGCACGCAUUUAUUCAAAGUAUAUCAGCAAUGUGUCAAGAAGGCCAUGAAGGAGCAGCACAUUGAGCUCAAAGACAUGGAGACGAAUUACCUAGAGACCGAAAAGGAAAAGAAGCCGCACAGUUGACAGAGAAAUGCUCACAAUACGUGCUUGAUUCAACCUUAUAUUCUAUGUAGUUCAUUUACAAAUUGUUGGUAGCAACCAAACAAUUAUUUCACUUGUACUCUUGUUCCUAUUUCUUAUAUUAGAAAACAAAAUGAUUUUUACCUGUUUUGACAAAUAGUUAUUGCUAUCAUCUAGUCUCACUUGUAUCAUACUUAUCGCUACUGAACUGUUCGAAUUGAAUGUUUCGCAUAUCUUGUUAUAGCAUUUUACACACCCAUACUCGAAGCAUUUAAAGGCAACAGUCGUAUCACCGCGGAAACUACGUUACUGUUCUCACGUUAUAUAUACACAGUAGGAAAUAUAUAACAGGAUAACUUGUUUGUACUUCAAUUAGCGCAUAACUUUUAUUGAAUCCUCAGCUCUUUUCCACUUUAGAGACAAAAUUGUACAAUGAAAUAAUGUUAAUUGUUGUAAAAACAAAAUGGUAUAUUAAAUGAUAAUGACGCGUGGAAAUAA